GCACGUUAAAAAAGAGAUGAGUACCCUAUUUCUUUACUUUUCGUAUUUUCAAUUGCAAAGUAAAGAGUACAACAAGCUUGUGUUUGGAGAAAAAUUUCAGUGACCAGGGAUAAAACAUAACGAAGAAAAGAUAUGAAGUUUGCUGGUGAAGCCACGAUGAACUUGGAAUAUAGCCUGCUGCUCCUGUUGCUGCUGUAUAAAGUAAGCGCAGUUAUCGGAGACCAGAAAGUACGGUUGAUUAACGACUUGUUAAGAAACUACAACAACGACGCAAGGCCCUUGAAUGACGAUACACUUCCAUUUAAAAACACUUCUUAUCCGGUUAAAGUUUGGUUUUCAAUGACCUAUCACCAACUGCAAAAUUUGAAUGAGCCAUCCCAAAUCGCAACAUCCUUAGUUUGGGCACGUACGCACUGGAUUGAUAGUAAGCUCAAGUGGAGUCCAAGCGAGUAUGGAGAACACGAGUACAUUCAUAUCAGCUUAAAUAAAAUAUGGACACCUGACUUGACACUAUAUAAUAACGCCAAUGGACAAGGUGAAAAGAUGUACGACCUCAGUUAUCAAGCCAGAGUACAAUCUAAUGGUAACGUCAGUUUGGCUACUCCUCUUUUCUUGCAGUCCGUGUGUCACAUGGAUAUAAAAAAUUUCCCGUUUGAUACCCAAAAAUGUAAAUUGAGAAUUGGCUCGUGGGCAUACGAUAGCUCUGAUUUGGAUUUAGAAGAAUCGAAGGAGACCGGCGGCAUCAUUAUGAACCACAUGGAAUCCAAUUCUCUUUGGAAGUAUAAAUCAGUGAAGGUUACACGUUCCUCUAUUAACUACACGUGCUGUAAAUUUCCAUUCCAUGACCUUACAUACACUUUUGAAUUUCAAAGAAAAUCGCUAUAUUACGUCUUGACAAUAAUAAUCCCAACAAUGUUGCUAUCAGCUCUGACCUGUAUCUCAUUUUGUUUUCCUGCCAACUCUGGUGAGAGGAUAUCGCUUUUGAUCUCAGUUGUGAUUGGUCUAUAUGUGAUUAUGCUUGUCGUGAACGAGCGGACACCAGUCACCUCAGAUUCUAGACCUAUGUUAACCUUAAUUUUUAUCUGUGUCAAAAUGUCUACAUUUUUAUCACUUAUUGCAACUGCUGUUAUCCUGCGACUAAAUCACGGCCCAUAUCCUGAUCCUUUGCCAAUGGGUCCCAAAGAUUUCUGUCAACAGUUGAGGAAGUGGUUAAAAUGUUGGAAAAGUAGUCACAAUCAGAAAACGAACAACACUACUAAAAUAGUAAGGAGUGAACAGAUCACCAAUCGUGAAGGAAAUAUAAAUGGUGGCAUUGAUUCGAGCGAGCAGCCAUCAACCUCUCAUGUAGAAAAUGGAAUAUCGGUUGAGUCUAAUAUUGAUGAUGUACAAGAAAAUAUUUCUCAAAGCGCGAAUGACGUAAAUGCUGAAAUCUUACAAGAACUUAAAGACAUCGCAAAAUAUCUCAAGGAAGGAAACCGCCCCCAAAAUUGGAAAGUCAAAGCAGAAUGGCAACUUGAUAUUUCUUUCUUUUUCUUUUUCUUAGCGGUUUUCGUUUUCUUUUCUGUUUUAUUUUGUAUUAUUAGCUAAAUUCAGAAUAAGGACUGUUAUUUGAUAGACGACACCAAGACAUUGGAUGGCACAAAAGUAUGUAAUCGAAUAUUAACCGUGAUACUAAAUUUUUGAAUAGCUUAACAGUAAAUUUUUAUUGCUUACACAUUAUAGUUACACAAAAAUAAUUGUCGGACAUGACAAUUUUCGCACUGAAUGUUAGAAAUUUAACUAGAAAAACAAACCGGUGUUUCAUCAUAUUUGCAAAGCGGUUGCAAAGUACAUCAUGUACGUCUAAUAAAAUGAGUUAGUAUGUUAA